AUGGCAAGAGAUUGUUUUAAUGCAAGUCCUAAUAUAGAUCUAAAGUUACGUCUUAUAGGAAGAAGACAACAUGAUGGAAGGACAUAUAACCUACCUACCGCUUCUGAGGUUGCUGCUUUAAUUGUUGGUGACAUUGGUAAUUCAAUUGAUAAUAGAGAUAUCAUCGUAAAAACUAAAUCAGGCAGUCUACAACGUAUAAAUGAAUUGCAUCCUGCUUACCUUGCUCUUCAAUACCCACUGCUCUUUCCUUAUGGGGAUGAUGGAUAUCGAGUUGACAUCCCUCAUAGAGGUGUUACGUGUUCAACGAAUAACAAACGAUGUAACUGUACAAUGAGAGAAUUCUUUUCUUAUAGGAUUCAAGACAGAGUUAAUAUUUUCUCAUUAAUUCUGAAUUCAAGAAGGCUUUUUCAACAAUUUCUGGUUGAUGCUUAUACGAUGAUUGAAAGCGAGAGGCUAUAUUACAUACGAAACCAACAAAAAGUUCUUCGAUGCGAGUCCUAUGAAACAUUACGCAGCGUGAAAAACAAUGGAAAUACAGAUAUUUCGAAUAUUGGACAGCGUGUGAUAUUGCCUUCUUCUUUUACUGGUGGUGCACGCUACAUGAUGCAAAACUAUUUAGAUGCCAUGUCACUUUCUGUUUAUACGGUGGAGUUUCAAAAGCGCGGCCUACCUCAUGCUCAUAUAUGUCUAUUCAUGCACUCUGAUUACAAGCUCCCAACCGUUGAACAUAUUGAUCGUGUUAUUUCUGCUGAAAUUCCAAACAAAGACGACGAUCCAGAAUUGUAUGCACUUGUCAGCGAGUUCAUGAUGCAUGGUCCUUGUGGUAGUGAUAAUCCUAAAUGCCCAUGCAUGAUUGAUAACAAGUGUUCAAAAAACUUCCCAAAGACAUUCACAGAGCAUACUUCGGUUGAUGAAAAUGGUUAUCCAAUAUAUAAGAGACGUAAUGAUGGAUCUUUUGUUGAAAAGUCUUUGUGUUAA